AUGUGCCUCCUAGAGGAAAGUGGCUACAGUGGAGAGCACGCCUACGUGUCACUCCUUCACGGCGACAGGACCGAAUUCCUGGUGUACGCCCUCCUGCUGGGCUUCAGAUUGAAGCAGGUGGAUGCUUCCACCCCAAGGGUGCUGCUGGUGGGCAAGGAAGCGCCCGACCAGACGUCGCCCUUCGUACAGGGCGAUGACCGCAAGUGCCUGGAUGCCGUUUGGAAGGUGGCGGAGGUCGAUCUUGUCGACCAGGAAGCCGCGGACAAGACGCGGCGGAAGCGGCACCGCUACGUCUUCACGAAGCUCAGAGCCUUCCAGGUCCCCUACAGGAAGCUGCUCUUCUUCGACCUGGACAUCAUUAUCCGCUCCUCGCCCAAAGAGCUAUUCCAGGUCGCGGCGCCGGCGGGCAUGUACCACGGCCACUGGAACCGUGACCAAGCGGCGCAUGGCCAGGAGAUCCCAGCCGAGGCUUUCUACAACAGCGACUACGGCGUCUACGGCUGCAUAAACGCUGGCCUGAUGCGUCUCGACACACUGCCCACGGCGGAGCAACGCAGGCGGUUCACGGACGAGAUGCUGAAGGAGGUGGGUGAGCUCAAGGAGCGAGACCAGUCGUACUUGCCGGAGCAGUACUUCCUGGUCAAGAAGCUGCCGGUGUGGCGACACAUAGAAGUCAAGUGGAACUGCGAGGUGAACCCUCUGCGCCACAUGGACACGCGCGGACACUUCGUGGUUAGGGCAGAAGAAGAGAUGCCGAAAGAUUGGCUGCAGCUCGGGGAGAGCGAGGAGGAACUUCGUGAGAGGGUGGCGAUGUUCCACUUCAGCGGUAAGUGGCUCGAGCCGUGGUGGUUCUUGGACAAGCCCCCGCGGGAGGCCUUGGCCUUCGCAAGGGCGCAGUUCAAGCACCAAGAUCCCCGCGGCAUGAUCGCUCUUUCAGUGGCGGAGUGGCUCUCUGCAGUGGAGGAGAUGGAGACCAGCGACAUCUUUGAAGAGCAGGCCGAAAACCUCCGCUACAACAUCGAGUAUCUGCGAUACAAAGCAGACCAGUGGUGGGCCAACGACUCGGUGACCUGUAGCCGCUGCGGGUGCAAGAACGAGUGGUAUGCGCAGCCGCAGUACAAAGACUACUGCGAGGAGUGCGAGGUGGAGAGGGAGUUGGAGAAAAAGAGGGGCGAAGUGAAGCCGGAGUCGGAGAUGCAGGAGAUGAUCGAAGUGAAGCCGGAGUCGGAGAUGAACAGGACCCAGAGCGGGCGAAGUUCUUCCUGCGACUCCCGGCGUUCCACGAGCACUCCGAAGACGAGGUCGCCACUCGUUUUGCCUGGUGCAAUGUCGCCGUGCCACCCAGGCGCCGACACUUGCCGCUUGCCCGGAGGCUCGGAAGGCGGGAAGCUUCGGAGCAAGCGCAAGAAGCGCUCGAAAAGGCAGCCUUCGGCCAAAGUCAAGCGUGGCCAACAGCGCCUUGCUCGGGUCGAAGCUUCUCGGCUCUUGCCGUUACUCUUCCUACUGAAAGCGAUGAGCACCAUGAUCAGUCGACGUGGUGCUGCCAUGCAGGCUGCCACCUUGCUCAGUUUGAUGGCUGCUGGCUUUCUUCCGGCUGGAGCUGAAUGCAGUGGUGCUGAGUGCGCUGCAGUGGAUGCACAGGCAGAUGGCUACCAGGCACUGCUGCAGCAGACCGUUAAGCCGCAGGCAAACACAAGGCUUGCAGCCGCUGACACCAAGGACCGGCACACCACUGGGGUGACCAAUGCAGCUGCAAAGCCAGCAGCUCACCUGCUGGCAACGAACUCCAGCAAGGACGGAUGUUCGAAGGCCACGGGCUCCUUCUGCCUUACGGGCAUCUGCAACGAUGCCCUUAGUGCGGAAUGCGAUCAGACGAUGGGCUCGCUCACGGCUGGACAGUGUGUUUGCCCGCAGUUCACUUGCUAUUCCGAAGGCAAGUGCCAGUGGUCGGUCAGCGAAAUCCGAGAUGCCGUGGGGAACGGCGCUACGGGCGUCGUCGACCAGGUGACCGCAGUAGCCGCGAAAGUCCCCGGCCUCGCCGACGCUGCCGGCGCGCUGGAGGGUGUCUGGGACACAGUGAGCGGAGUCUUCGGCUCGAUCUUCGGCUCAGGAGGCUGCUCCGGAUAUGUGGGUCUUUGCUGGGGCCAGUGCGGCAACCAGCAGCAGUUGGGCUUUACCGCCACAUGCACGUAUGGCUCCUGCCAGUGCAAGCCGGGCUUCUGCGCCAAAGAUGGUCUGUGUGCGAUGGACGUCCAGGGCAUGCUGCAGGGUGCAGCUCAGAAUGUUUUGCGAUAG